UCUACUCUGAUUUCAGUAGCUGUAUUAUGCAAAGCUAGCUCCCUGAGAUUAGCCACGUCAUGUAAACUUAGCAGUGAAGCAGUAGAGCUAAAAAUACAGUGAAGGGUCGCUGUUUUGAGGGGUAGUGAUUCGUAUUCAGAGAUAAGUUCUUGUUUUAGGGGUAUAAGUGGUCGGUAAUCCUAUGGAAAGAUGUCAGACAUUGGGGACUGGUUCAGAAGCAUCCCUUUCAUCACCCGAAGCUGGUUUGCUGCCUCGAUUGCUGUUCCCUUAAUUGGGAAACUAGGACUGAUUAAUAUCAGACACCUUGUGUUGGCUCCGGAACUUAUCUUUAGCAGAUUUCAUCUCUGGAGACCAAUUACAUCCACCCUGUAUUUUCCUAUAACCCCUAAUACGGGCUUUCUCUACCUGGUCAAUCUUUAUUUCCUCUACCACUACUCCACACGACUAGAGACAGGGGCGUUUGAUGGCAGACCCGCAGACUAUGUCUUCAUGCUACUUUUCAACUGGAUCUGCAUUGUUAUAACUGGGCUCCUGAUGAACAUGCAGCUGCUGAUGAUCCCGUUGAUAAUGUCAGUAUUGUACGUCUGGGCUCAGUUUAACAAAGAAACGGUCGUGUCCUUCUGGUUUGGAACACGAUUCAAGGCACAUUAUCUACCUUGGGUUAUCUUGGCCUUCAACUUCAUCAUUGGAGGCUCCUUUGUGAAUGAACUGACAGGGAACCUAGUGGGGCACCUCUACUUUUUCCUCAUGUUCAAAUAUCCCAUGGACCUGGGAGGACGCGCUUUCCUCACCACACCAGAGUUCUUGUAUCGGUUCUUCCCUAACAGGAGGGGGGGGGUGUCGGGCUUUGGAGCUCCUCCCAGCAGGAGACCGGCUCAGGAGCAGGCAGGAGGUGGUGGAGGAGGACGCCAUAACUGGGGCCAGGGGUUUCGUCUGGGCGAUGAAUGAGUGGCUACGACCACCUCCUUAGCACCCAAUAACAAAUGGCCAUGCAGUUGAUGCAUGAAGUUAAAGUUCUUGCUGCAGCUUCUCCUAUCUGAAGGGAAAAAAACAUGAGCUCUGUUCAUAUAAAAGUAUAGUGAUGUUUAGUAUUCGGGGAUAUAAAACAGGAAGGAAUUUGAAGCAUGGAUUUUAACCAAAACAUCACGCAGCUGGACUCAGACUCUGGGUACAGGCUCACUUCACCCAAUAAAGUCAACUCUACUACUACUACUACUACAUAUGAAGCAGACUGACUAAAUAUGAAUAAAUCAGCUAUUUUUUUAUUUCAGUUAUAAAUCUUGAGCCCUUCCUCCCACAUUGGCUUUGUUUUUUUUCCAUUCUCUCCUCUCCUCCGCCCUUUCUCCUAACCCUGACUGUCGAGGCAGCUGCACACCAGCACCCUGUUGAUUUUGAUUUGUGUGUUCCUUUCCUUUUAGUCUCCAUCCCAUCUCUCUGUGUCAUGCCAUAUCAGAUUACAUUGUAAUUACUGACACACUGGGAGUGAGCUUUCAGCCUUAUCUUUAAAGAACAUAGGUUUCCAGGUCUUAAUUUACAUGGGUGUACAUUUUUUAAGCCUUUGUGGCACAGAUCUGAUGUUUUUCUGCUAUUGUAAGAUCUGAUCUUAACUAAAAUGAAGAGAAGAUUGGAUUUUGCUCAUUUUUUGUAAAUAUAGCAGUUUAUUAAAAGGA